AUGGCGACUUACAUCAUCACUGGCUGCUCUCACGGCUUGGGCCUUGCUCUAACGGCUGAACUCGCAAAGACACCUGCCAACAUAGUGUUUGCAACAUCUCGCGGUAACCCUACUCCAGCACUGAACGAAGUGAUGACAACUUCGCAAGGACGAGUUAAACACGUGAAGCUCGAUAUCACGAGCCCGCCAAGCUUAGAAGAGGCAGAAAGCAAGAUUGCAGCAAUACUGGAUGGCAAAGGUGUUGAUGUUCUGAUUAACAACGCUGCGGUUAUCAAUUGGAUGACUGAUGGAAUACAUGCAAUGGAUGACCUCGAAUCAGCCUUUUCGACCAACGUAAAUGGAGCUCAUCUUGUAACGAAAACCUUCCUUCCGUUGCUGAAAAAGGGUGGACAGAAAAAGGUGAUCAAUAUGUCUACCACUGUCGGCUCCAUAUCGAUGGCUUCUAGAUACAGCAUGAUGUUGGUCCCAUCUUACAAAAUCACCAAAGCAGCCUUGAAUAUGCUUACAGUUCUGUAUGCGCAAACGUACGCCGAGGAAGGAUUUACCUUCUUGGCAGUUUCUCCAGGUUGGCUUCGAACAGAAUUGGGCGGCUCCAGUGCCGAUCUCGAUGUUGAAACCGGUGCAAAAGCGGUCAUUGAGGCGAUUGACAAACAUGGGAAAGAGUCUAGUGGGCUAUUUGUUAAUAUUCGGGUUGCUGGGUGGGAGCAUAAUGAGGGGUUGAAUCAGUAUGAUGGUGGGAAUCCUCCUUGGUAG